AUGCGCGAAUGUCCAAAAUGUAAAGCUAAGGAAUACAAUAACCGAACGAUGUUGAUGAUGAUUAAUGAGAACUGUGUAGAAAAUCUGUUUGCUCGCAACAGCGGUCCCUGUCCACAGUGUGGAAAAAUUUUGUGGAAGAAAGGAUUCUGGGAACAAAUCUUUGAUGACCCUGUGGUGGAGAAAGAAAAUCAUAUUCGUAAAAAACUUGGAAAGAUUUACAAUUUGAAACGAAUGGAUUUUCCAACGUUGCGCGACUUCAACAAUUAUUUGGAACGGAUUGAAACAAUUGUCAUGAAUUUGACCUAUAAUAUUGAUGUUGAGGAGACCGAAGCUGAAGUUAACCGUUUUAAAUCAGAGAACAGUGAACUUAUUGAAAGAAAUAAGCGCAAGCUUGAUGAAGAUCAAAUAUGGAUUUUUCAAAUGUUGGAAGAAGAGCAAAAAAGAAAAAAGUAUGUUGUAGAAGGAGCCGGGAAAAAAGAGUUGCCUGAGAAAGUGACUAGUUCAGACAAAGCUAAGGCAAUAAUUGACGAACUCCGUGAAUCUGAUUUGCCUGCAGAAGUCAUUUUGGAUCGUCAGAGAAAGCGACAGAUUGAAGCAGAACUCGCAGAAAAGGAAGAAGCUGUAAAGCGAAAGAAAUCUAAAAUGGAAGCUCAACAAAAACGUCUCGAUACUGCAUCUUUUGCACUAAUUCGUAUAAGUGGUGCACCGUUCGUGUAUCGUGGGCCGGAGCUUCCCAUCAAUGGACCAUCACUUCCAAAACCCGAGGAUUUGUCUCGAAUGGGAUAUUUGCAGCAUGUAUUACAAAUCAGUGGGAGUAGGUAUGCGGGUGGAUUUACGCCGGAAACAUGCUGCAUGCGUGCUUUAUUUGACUCCAGAAUUGACUUAUUUUUAUUUUGA